GCUCCAGCGGCGGGUCUACCGGCGAAAAGUGAAAUGUUCAAACACGUUUUUCUGACGGGACCUCCAGGUGUGGGGAAAACCACUCUGGUCCAGAAAGCUUGUGAGGCUUUAGUGUCAUCGGGCGCGGGAGCUGAAGGGUUUUACACGGAGGAGGUCAGGGAGGGAGGCCGAAGAGUCGGCUUUGAUGUCGUCACAGUGGCGGGAGAGAGGGGCCACCUGUCCAGAAUCAGAGACGUUACCGGUUCAUCCCAUGGCCGACGGGAGUACACGGUCGGGCAGUAUGUGGUGGACUUGCCUUCAUUUGAGAACUUGGCUCUCCCACUCUUCAGAAACGUAGGGGCGGCAGGCGCGGGCGCCAGAAAGGUGUUCAUCAUUGACGAGAUUGGCAAAAUGGAGCUCUUCAGCCAGCCGUUCGUCAGGGCAGUGAGACAGACUUUGGACAGCUCCUCCUGCACCAUCCUGGGCACCAUCCCCAUCCCCAAGGGUAGACCACUGGGUCUUGUGGAAGAGGUGCGCAGCAGGAGAGAUGUCAAGGUUUUCACUGUGUCGAAAGAAAACAGAAAUGACAUUUUACAAGACAUUCUAGCAGAACUACAGAAUUGUCUCAAACACCACAACUAGUAUGGCGCUUUCGAGCAGCUGUAAAGUGAAAGACAUGACUGUGUUUUCUUUCUGCUGACCACACGUUGUAUGUGUGUCAGUGCAGAUACAGUGCACAAGGCAACGUGUGCACUGUAUCUGUUGAGUGGAUCCACACACGCUUCAUAACUGUGUUUUGACCUACGCUGAGGGGCAUGCAGAGCUGGUUUAGUGUGUCACAUGCAUGUAUUUAUGUCCAUAAUUCUUUUCUCUUUCUUUUUCAAUCUCAUGCAGCCUUUAAAAUGUAUUGCGUGCUGAAUAAUUGAUUGAACACAGCGAGGGAAUUGUUCAGUUAGUGUGUAAAUAUCUCGUGCUCUCGGUGUCAAAGACGGCUAAUAACGGCUCAUCUUCAAGACACUCCGGCAGGCAUUUCUCCAUUACUCUUUGUGUGUAAUAUUAAUUUGUUCAUGAGCAAGUGGUGCCUUUCAUUUUUAUUUGUAUACAUGUGCCAACAAGUGCCCUUGUUUAUUCAUUUAGUUAUUUGCUAUGGGAGCACCCCUUGUGUGUGUGAUCCUGAAGUUGUGCUCAUUGAAAAUCAAUCUAUAUUUAACAAUGUAUGCAACUAUGUCCAAUCCUUUCAUUGGCUAUUCAUCCAUUCGCAUGAAAAAAAAAAAAACAAUAAACAGAUGUUAUCUUUC